CUGCACCUCGAUGCUCAGGACGACACAGGUUUGACCCAAGUUUCUCCAGACAUAUCGUGAUUCUCGCAGUGCAAUCCAGCGCUUGCCCCGUUAAUCCUAAGUCAUGUCUUCGUCGGAGUCCAGCAGAAAGCUCGCAAGGACUGGUUUGGGGGACUCAUCCAAAGCCUCCUACAGGUCUCGGAGGAGUAUCGUGAACACAGCGUUGGAACUGGCAAAGCAGCACACAGGCGACUCUGCCCAUCUCACAACGAUCGCGGGAGAUGUGUACUGUCAUAUUUCUGGGACCCUGGGAGACACCAAGUACAACGCCUUCUGUACGGACUGCACACUCGUGACGAUCAACUACUGCGAGAGGGCUCUCGAGCAAGUUGCGCAAAUCAGUGUCCAGGGGCUACAAGAUGCCAGCGGAGGGUCCGAUGUGUCGGCGGCACAGGUCCAGAAAAUCAAGGAGAUGCGGGGUUUGAUUAACCACGACUACCUGGUCCUGGAGCUGGAGAGUGGCGGUGCCGCAAAGCUACAUAUUCUUGCGGAGAAACUAACAGGGCGUGCACAAGUUGGCAUCCACAUAGAAGCGCUGGUCGACAAGUCAGAAGUUGACUACCGUCUUCACGAAGGCGUCCGCCUCUACGCUAUGCAGUGCCGGACGAAGAUCGGAUUAUCCAAGAUCGAAGAGAUUUUGAAGGUAGCUACCGAUCCUCAUUACAACUUGAAAGACAACAAUUGCUGGGACUACGCAUUUGCCGCAACGCGUCGGCUGCUGAACGAGUGCGCGGCGUGUGUAGGCCCUGAGUCAUCUGAGUACAACAGGUUGAAGCAGAUGCAUGACAGCCUGGAAGGUGAUCUGAACCGAAAGUCUAUUAAGGCAACCUUGAAGACGGCGUGUGAGUAUAUCAGAAGCUCCUACAUCUCUUGAUGUAUGUGCAGUAGGAGAAUAUGAAGCAGACGUUACAUGUAAUCAUAUGUGCCAAAGCCGAGAAGUAGAUGCUGUACUAAGUAGUGACUAUGAUAGCUUGCUAUUUGGAUGUCCUCAUCUAAUAAAGGACAUCUAUAUGAUAGAAGGAUACGCAGAUGUUAUAACACUACAGAGUAUAUGCAGAGAAUAUAGUGCAAUACGCUCUUGAGACGUUCCAGAGACAUUUCGCAGUGGUCCAUUUAUUAUCCGGCAGCUAGGCUCUGCACCCAUGUGCUUCGCACACUCAACCCUUGUCCCAUCGACGGGCAAGAAGAAACACGGUCCUAGUUCACCUUCUGUACAGACUGACAGGUGCUGUUAAAUAACGAGUCUGUUUCUGCCUUGGUCUGUA